AGUUCUAUAAUUAUUCAGGCUGUGGCAAUACAUUCAACUGCAAUCACCCUGUGGUGCGUCAAUUCAUAGUAGAUUGCCUGAGAUAUUGGGUAACAGAAAUGCAUGUCGACGGCUUCCGCUUUGAUCUUGGUUCAAUUAUGUCAAGGAGCAGCAGUCUUUGGGAUGCAGCCAAUGUUUAUGGGGCUGAUGUAGAAGGUGACUUUCUGACAACUGGUACCCCUGUUAGCUGCCCUCCCGUAAUUGACAUGAUAAGUAAUGAUCCAAUACUCCGUGGUGUUAAGCUUAUAGCUGAAGCAUGGGAUGCGGGUGGGCUAUACCAAGUUGGCAUGUUUCCACACUGGGGUAUUUGGUCUGAGUGGAAUGGAAAGUUCCGGGAUGUUGUGAGACAAUUCAUAAAAGGUACCGAUGGAUUUUCCGGUGCUUUUGCUGAAUGUCUCUGUGGAAGUCCAAAUUUGUACCAGGGAGGUAGGAAACCUUGGAACAGCAUCAAUUUUGUAUGCGCGCAUGAUGGUUUUACGUUGGGAGAUUUAGUAACUUACAACAAUAAGGAUAACUUGGCAAAUGGAGAAGAGAAUAAUGAUGGAGAAAAUCACAAUUACAGCUGGAACUGUGGAGAGGAGGGAGACUUCGCGAGUAUAUCGGUGAAGAGAUUAAGGAAACGACAGAUGCGAAAUUUCUUUGUUUCCCUUAUGGUUUCCCAAGGUGUCCCGAUGAUAUAUAUGGGAGAUGAAUAUGGCCAUACAAAAGGGGGGAACAACAAUACUUAUUGCCAUGACAACUAUUUGAACUAUUUUCGGUGGGAUAAAAAAGAAGAAGCCGACUCCGACUUCUUCAGAUUCUGCCGUCUUCUUAUCAAGUUUCGUGAUGAAUGUGAAUCACUUGGCCUGAAUGAUUUUCCAACAGCAGAGCGUCUGCAGUGGCAUGGUGUUGCUCCUGAGAUGCCAGAUUGGUCUGAAAUAAGUAGAUUUGUUGCAUUUUCACUGGUCGAUUCUGUGAAGAGAGAAAUCUAUGUGGCCUUCAACACGAGUCAUUUAGCCACACUUGUUUCUCUGCCUAACCGGCCUGGAUACCGAUGGGAGCCAUUUGUAGACACGAGCAAACCGAGCCCUUACGACUGCAUAACACCGGAUCUCCCAGAGAGAGAAACGGCCAUGAAGCAGUAUAGGCACUUCUUGGAUGCAAAUAUGUACCCAAUGCUCAGUUACUCUUCCAUCAUUCUCUUUCUUUCACCAGUUGACGGACAGUAGAGACUGACUUAUGCGUGGUUUCUCCAAAAGUUCAUGAAAGGAAGGAAACCCACAAAGUAGUAUUGGGGAAUCUUCUCUAAUGUGAAUGAGAUGCAUAUACGACAAUUAUUUCAUUACCUAUAAAAUGUAUUAUUGUAAAGGUUCUUUUGUGGUAAAGAAGAAUCUGAAUGGGGUACCUUUGGUCGGCUUGAGAUAUGCCCACUCAUUAUCUGUAGAUAGAUUCUUUUUAUAGUUUGUUACAUCCGUCGUUCAUUGAA